AUGUACAUGAACAGGGUUAAGAACUCGCAUAAACAUGGAAUCAAUAAUUGUUUGAACCAUGAUGUAGAGAAAGAGCUUUUCCAUGCUGUUAUGAUGAUUGACAAGGUAUUGUUUUCUCAUAGAUGUAACUAGACUAGUUGCAAGAUCAUUCAUUUUCUUGAUAGCUGCAAAUAUGGUCAGCUUAAAAAGUGGAUUGAAUUCCUUAUAUCAAGGAAAGGGAUACAAGAACUAGCUUUCGCUUGUGAGGAAUUCCUUUUUCAGCAAAACUUUAUAGGCUGAUUUACUAAUUUAAAAUUAAGUUUUCCAUCAGGGAUUUUCUCUUUUACAACUUUGCACGCACUCGAGUUGACGCAUUACAAACUUGAAAUCGACUCCUCAUUUGAUCAUUGCCAUAAUCUUCCAACCUUGAAACUUAAAUGGUUGUUUCUGACAACUGAAACCCUUGAUGGAAUCAUAUCUAGUUGUGCUUUUUUGGAGCAUUUAAGCUUUUCCUUUUGUUAUGCAAUUGAUCGAGUUUGGAUUGUUAGUGAGAAUGUUAAAACUAUGGAGCUAGAGUACUUGGAUGUGCAUGACAUAUACUUAUCAACAAUGUCCCUUGGUGUUUUGGUGCUUGAUACUUUAAAAUGUCCACACCAAAAUUUGGUCAUCAAUGCCCCAAAGCUUAAGGUGUUUCGUGCAUGUUGCAAUGGUGAAGAAAAAGGUCCACACCAUGUUCUCAAAGAUCAUGAACCUAUGAAGGUUGCAGAAAUUCUAGAGCAUUGCAGUGGUCUCUUAAUAAGCAUUUUCACUAGCUGUUUUAGACUUGGAAAUGAUCGAAGUUAUCACUUAAAGGAUGAGUCAAGUUUGCUCGAAUAUUUAUGGUCAUUGUCAAUUGACUUGGAUUUUAACAACAUAAGAAAAGUGUUGAUACUUGCUAUCAUUUUACGAGUAUGCACCCAUCUGAAGCAACUUGAAGUCAAUAUACUGGAAAUAGAUUGUGAACGGAAGGGAGCAACCUCAGAUCAUGGUACUCAAAAUUGCUCGCUGCCAUAUCCGGAGUCCAUGCUAUGGGAUAAAAGGAAGUUAUGUGAUUGUAUCACGCAUAACCUAAAUGUAGUAUCCAUAAAUGGGUUCAAUGGAAAGUAGAGACAAUUGAAAUUUGUUAGGCAUCUUAUAACAACUACUAUGAUGAAAAGAAUGAAUAUCUGCUUCGAUGAUAGUUGUUCAAGAGUAAGAGCUGAGGCAACACUUGAGUUAUUAUUAUUGCCAAGGUCCUCCAUCAAUCUUUCUAUAGUCUUGAAACCAGGCACUGAAUUUGUAUCAACUAGGAACGGUGCAAAUUUUGAAACAUGAAUCUCAACCCUCAAAUAG